AGAAAGCAGAAGUCUCGGUUCCCAGCUGAGUGGGCUCCUCUCUUCCCCCGCCGUGGGGCGGCGGGGCGUGGACUCCGUGUCCCACAGACAGCCGCAGCCAACGAUUGCAAAACCUUCGACUGGAAGCGAAGAUCAACGCAGAAAAACACCAGCAGCUUUUCCAUCUAAACAGGAGACAAGAAAAAGGCGACCGGGGCGAAGACCAAUUCUGUGAUCAUGGCAGAUGAGGCAGUAGCUGUGGAGCAAGGGGCCAGCCCAGCCCAGAGCCCGCUGGUUGCCGUCACGUUUCAGAGGAAUGCCAAAAGGAAGGAGAAAUAUCUGGAAGCUGAGCCUAAAGUUCUCGGGAUAACUCAAAUCUGCUUCAGUGUGUAUAUGAUCAUCAGUCUCAGUUUGUUUAGGGCUAAAGGUCUGAGUUCUUAUGAACCUGAUGUUCCUUUACUCGUCUUUUCCCUGCUGGUAAUUGCAGCUGGGAGUGUAGCUGUCGCAGCAAAGAACCUACAUCUGCCAACACUCACGGCCUGUUUGGUGAUGCAGAUCUUGGCAUGUGUUGCCUCUUUCUUGAACAUGAUCUUCACCAUAAUAAUACUGGGAGUCUCGUCCGCCAACUGCUGGUUUGAUUCUUUUGAGAGAAACACCAUCAACAGUACAUAUAAUUACCACACAAUCUGUCAGCAGGUUGAGAGCAUCCAUUCCCAUUUCUUUGCUGGAGGGAUUCUAAUCCAGGCCUGUCUGCUGGCCAUCUCUGCCACUCUGGCUGCCUACUGCUGCAAGGUGGUCAACUGUUGUGGAGCAGCCAGCAAAAUGCCAGUGAUCACGAUCAAAUCACCAGCCGACCAGCAGAGAGAAGGAUGACCAGACUAUGUGCAGCUGCAGAUUUAAAGCUCAACUAAUCCUUAUUUUAUGCCAACUAUAGUUCUGAUUUUCUUAAAGUCAAACCACUAAUGCACUCCUAAAACAUAUUAUAAAUAUCGAACUUAUAGUUUUUACCCACAUAUAACUUUACCUUUUUUGCUCUCCAUUUUCAGUCUUUUAGAAAGUCUACACACAGUGCAUAAUAUUUGAACACUGAAGAUGUUUUGAAAUGGUCUGAUGGAAUGCAGCUUGUGCAAAGUGCAGGAAAUGUUUGUAAGAUGGAUGUAAACAGAUCUGCAGUCAGUCAGAUUCUUUGUCCUGUUAAGCGGUACAGACAGGAUCCGCUGUAAAACAUGUGAAGCUGUUGGUGUCCAAGACACUGUUAAACACAAUCAGCUGAAAGAAUAAUGAGUCUCUACGUAGUUCCCAAUAACUCUUGUAACUGUUUUUUCAUUCACCUCAUCUCAUUUACCAUUCUGACCUGAGGUUUGUAUCAAUAUAAAUAAAUGUCAUGUUACCUGUAACAUGGACAUUACAGGCCCAUGUUACAGGCCCAUGUUACAGGCCCAUGUUACAGGCCCAUGUUACAGGCCCAUGCACAGGAUGCCCCUGUGCUGGGACACACCAUAGCACCCUGUGCAGGAGCCCCGCCUCUCGCCCAUUGACUGUUGCAUGUGGCCAUAAAACAAUGGAUGGCUUAUGGAACUGUUUUUGUCUGAGUGGACUGAUAAUAAAACAACUUCAUUGCUUUUUAAAUAA